AUGCCUGCCGUUGACGAAGUUAAAAGUAGUAAAGUGGGUUCUUCAGUAGAGAAAACGGAUUCUAACUUGCGGAAGCUACUGUUAGAGGAUACAUUUGAUGUUGCUCCUACUGGCCUUACAUUCUGUUUUGAUCGUGAAUUAUUUCUGAAUGAGGACUUUAAUUCAGAUGACUUCAUUCUGGAGCAGCAUUGUCGUGGAAUAUCCUUAGAAAAGCUUCGAGAUGAUCUUCUUCAAUACUCGAAUAUUCUUAAAUCUAGUUUAAUUGAGUUGAUCAAUCGAGAUUACGCGGAUUUUGUGAGCCUAUCAACGAAUCUUGUCGGUUUGGACAAGUCAAUCGAUACAAUAGCCAAACCAUUGAAACAACUACAGUCUUAUGUAUCGUCUGUUCAUGAAGAAUUAGAAUCGAUUGAUCAGGAGUUAUCAAAUAAGUUAAAGUCUCUUCAGCAAAUCAAGAAUGAAAAGGAUUUUGCCAAUAGUUUAUUCACAUUAGAUACAUGUGUAUCACGUUUAGAACGUUGGUUAACCCAACCAAAUCAACGUAUAGUCAAUAAAGAACAAAUUGAUGAUCAGUUGCAGUAUAAAUUUAAUCAUGUCAAACCAGAUGGUGAUGAUAAAGUGUCAAUGGAGGCAAAUAAUGAAUUGGAUCCAUGGCCAGUUGAAUUCUACGCUGACUGUUCUUUACAUGAAGACAUUGGACAACGUAUGGAUCGUGUUGCUAGUGAAUAUAUCAAAUUGCAAUUUUUCGCUAAAAAGUGUCAUGAUCACCAAAUUUUACAUUCGUUGAAGCCGCGUAUCCAUUGGAUUACUGUCAACCUUCAAGAACAAUUGGAAACACGCUUAAAGGAAAGCUUUGAAGCAUGUGGUUUUAUAUCGGAUGCAAAUAGUUGUACAAUAUCCAGACGUUCUGUUGAACAACUAAGACAAGUUAUCUCUAUUUACUUGGCUAUUGAUAAAUUAUCUGAUUUAAUGCUGAUCUAUCGUAAAUCUGUACUUCAUGAAAAGCUUAGUCAGAUUUUUAUCCCCGACCUGAACUAA